AUGGCCGCGCCGCCCUGCCCUGGGGUACACCUCCUGGUGGCGGCGCUGAUGCUCGCGUACCAGACGCUCGACGCGAUGGACGGGAAGGUGGCCCGCGCGCGCAAGCUGAGCAGCCCGCUGGGGGCUCUGCUGGAUCACGGCCUGGACGCCCUCAUGAUCGUGCUGUUCACAGCCAUCACGGUGCUGACCAUGGACCGGGAGGGCCUCGCGGGCCCCGUCACCGACCCCAUGGUCUUCCUGGGCUUCUUCGCGGUCCCGGCCGCGUGGUACUGCGCGCAAGUGGACCAGGCGCUGUCGGGCGUGAUGGACACGCGCGGCAUCACCGAGGCCGAGUUCAUCAUCGUCGGCGUGUGCCUCGCCACGGCCGCCCUCGGCCCCGAGGCCUGGAGCACGGAGCUGCUGGUGCUGGGCCGCAGGACCACCCUGUGCCGCGCCAUCUUCUCGUGCAUGAUCGCCCUCGCCCUCCUCUCGGAGGUUGCCGGGGGCGGCCCCGGCCCGAGGCCCGAGGGGCCCGAGGCGGGGAACUCCUGCAUCUCCGUCUGGAGGCGCCGUCCCGGCAGCCCAGCGCGGCUGCAGCCCGAGCAGCCCGAGCGCAGGCCGCAGGCACGCACCCCGGGGGGGGUCCGACUGCACGCGGUGCACGGGCGCGGCUCCGCGUGCCGGUGGCCACACCUCUGGCAAGCUCUGGUCCUCUGGGGCCUGGCCAUCGUCGCCUGCUCCGUGCGCGCCUCCCGCCGCGGGGCCCCGCGCGAGUGCCUGGCGUGGGCGGCGGCGCUGCUGCCCCUCGCGCUCAACGGCGCGGCGCACGCCGCCUGCGCCGCGUGGUCCCCGGCGCAGGCCGCGGAGGUGCCCGGCCAGCGGCUCGUCGCGCAGCUCGGGUACGCCAUCUCCGGCACCACCUUCGGUGCGAUCGCCGUCCGGCUGAUCCUGAGCUCCCAGUUCUGCGGGAGGGGCGUGCCAGGCCUCCCCUGGGCCCCGCUGCUGCCCUGCGCGCUGGGCGCGCUGGUGAGGCAGCUCGGCCCGGCGGCGGCGGUGCUGCCGGUGCUGCUGGCGGCGCUGGCGGCGCAGCUGGCCGGCCUGGCCGCGGUGUUCGUUGGCGUGUGCCUGCAGGUCUCGCGCGAGCUCGGGGUGCCCGUGCUCAGCGUGCCCGCGGCGCACCGGGAGUGACGCGCGCAGGCCGCGCGGGGGGCGGGCGCAGGCGGCAGAACAGGCGUGCGCAGCGGCGGUCCCGCA